ACAGUCGUGAAGGCAGCAUGAGCUGCGCGUGGACCUCCUCGGCUGCAGUAGUCGGACGGUUGUCGGUUUAAAGACGCAGAUAAAUCUUGUCGUUGGAAGUUUUACAAUGGGCAAGGUGGUGUUCAUCUCACUCCUGAUAGCUGCCUUGGCGGCGCUGUUAGGAGAGAGGGUUGUCAACUUAAGGAGAAGAAGCCUCGCCUCCAGGGAGCUGGUCCAGAAUCACCUGCCCAACUGCGCCGUGCUAAAAAACCUGGAUUAUGGCUCGGAGGACAUCACGAUCCUCGGGGAUGGGCUGGCCUUUAUCAGCACGGGUCUGAAGUAUCCUGGAAUGCCGGCCUCAGAUGUGACUGGAAAGAUCUUCUCCCUUGAUCUACAAGAUUCUCGGAUGAAACCAGUUGAGCUGCGCAUGCCAAGAAACUUUGAUCUGGACUCAUUCAACCCCCAUGGCAUCAGUGUAUACACUGAUCCAACUGACGACACAAUAUACCUGUUUGUUGUCAGUCACCCUGAACACAAAAGCCAAGUCGAGGUCUUCAUAUUUCUUGAGGACGACCACUCCCUGGUGCAUCUGAAAACUAUAAAACACGAACUUCUGAACAGUGUUAACGAUAUUGUUGCAGUGGGCAUCGAAAGCUUCUAUGCGACCAAUGACCACUAUUAUUCCAAUGAGAUCUUAAAAAGUUUGGUGGAGCCUCUUCUGGGUCAGCCUUGGUCCAAUGUCGUGUACUACAGUCCCACGGACGUCAAAGUCGUCUCUGAAGGUUACUACCUGGCAAAUGGCAUCAACAUCUCACCAGACAAUAGUCAUGUAUAUGUGGCAGAUCUGUUCGACCACAAUGUGCAUGUUUUGGAUCGAAAAGAAGACAAUACAUUGGCCACUGUGAAGGCCGUGGCUGUAGGUUCACUCUGUGACAACAUUGAAGUUGACCCUGAAACCGGUGACCUGUGGUUAGGCUGUCACCCGAAUGGAUGGAAAUUUUUCAAGUUUGACCCCAAGGACCCACCUGGAUCCGAGGUCAUCCGCAUCCAGAACAUUCAUUCUGAUCAGCCAGUGGUGUCUCAGGUGUACGCCGACGAUGGUCAGGUGAUCAUGGGUUCGUCUGUAGCGGCCACGUAUGGGGGAAAGUUGCUCAUUGGCUCCGUUUUCCAUAAAGCUGUUGUCUGUGAUCUGAAGUAGCCAGUCACUCUAAUUCUCAGCCAUCAGAAAAAAAAUCUGUUGAAAAGUGAAAUGCAUAGAUAUUCCACCAACCACUUGUAAAUGGAAAAAUGCAGUUUACCCCAUUGCACUUGAUGGGAUUUGAUAGAGUCUCUCAGCUGGUGUGAGAGUGCCUGAAAAACACUGAAUUGAAGAACUGAAUUUACAGGACUUCAUAGUCAUUACCCUAGGAACCUAGGGUUUCUGUGAAAACCACCUAUGUUUUCAAUAAAAUAUGUGGAAUGGUCA